AUGUCUUCCUUACUACUUGCUCGUACCACAUGCACCGAUGUUGCCGUCACGUUCCUUAAUCGACAACAUCAGAAACAACUUGAUAGACUCACUCAGCUGAAAGCAAAUGGAAACGGUGGGGAUGCAAUGGCAAGGGAGAAAGUGCUGCUUAAGGAUUUUGCAGUGAUGAGUCGUCUCUGUGCACUUACUAACAAGCCACUGCCUACCAUACAGGUUCCUAGAACAUUUGAUUUACUACCUGCCGUUUUCAAAGAAGAACAGUGCAUAGGUGCGCGAGGAAUUGAAGCAUAUACUGUCUGGGUGCUAUUUUAUCAUUGCCUUUAUCUCUAA